AUGUUGGGCAAACAUACGAAAAUAUUCUUCGCAGUGUCUGUGGGAUUUUUGAUCCUGGCAAUAGUUUUAGCGUCGUGGGGUUUCCAGAAGAUUAUCAAUAGACAAAUACAGAAAAAUGUUCAACUGGAGAACAACUCGAUGAUGUUUGACAAAUGGAUGAAAUUGCCAAUGCCUAUGGACUUCAAGGUGUACUUGUUCAAUGUGACGAACGCCGAGGAAAUAAACAGGGGCGAGAAGCCUAUACUAUCGGAGAUCGGCCCAUAUGUAUAUAAAGAAUAUCGGGAACGCACAAUUCUAAGUUACGGCGAAAAUGAUACGAUCAAGUACAUGUUGAAGAAACAUUUCGAAUUCGAUCCAGAGGCUUCUGGCGGCCUGACGGAAGAUGAUGAAGUAAUAGUGGUGCAUUUCGCAUAUUUGGGGGCAAUUCUAACGGUGCACGAUAUGAUGCCUUCUCUAGCUAGUGUAUUGAACAAAGCCUUUGAACAGUUUUUCCCAAACCUUGAGGAUGGUUUCUUGAGGAUCAAAGUGAGGGAUUUGUUCUUUGACGGCCUAUAUUUGAGCUGCGAUGGAAAUAAUAGCGCUUUGGGGCUGGUGUGCGGAAAAAUAAGAGCGGAUACCCCACCGACGAUGCGAAAGGCUGACACUAAUGGAUUUUAUUUCUCCAUGUUUUCUCAUAUGAACCGGUCAGAAUCAGGUCCGUAUGAAAUGGUCCGAGGCAGAGAGAAUGUGUACGAACUUGGUCAUAUAGUGUCGUACCAGGGCAAAGACAGUUUACCGAUGUGGGGUGACAAGUACUGCGGGCAAAUCAACGGAUCCGACUCAACAAUAUUCCCGCCGAUCGAUAAGAACAAUGUACCUGCUAGAAUUUAUACAUUUGAACCUGAAAUUUGCAGGUCCGUCUACGCAGAAUUUGUCGGUAAACGGAACCUGUUCAAUAUCAGCACAUAUUACUACGAAAUCUCAGAGUCCACGCUCGCAGCCAAGACUGCUAACAAAGACAACAGAUGUUUUUGUAAAAAGAAUUGGAGUGCAAAACACGAUGGAUGCCUACUCAUGGGACUUUUGAAUCUGAUGCCGUGUCAAGGCGCCCCCGCAUUAGCGUCCCUACCACACUUCUACUUAGGAUCUGAAGAGUUAUUAGAGUACUUCCAGGAAGGCAUAAAACCAGACAAAGAGAAACACAAUACUUACGCUUAUAUUGAUCCGAUAACUGGUGUAGCAGUAAAAGGCUUGAAACGAAUGCAGUUCAACAUCGAGUUACGAAGAAUCGAAAGCAUCCCGCAGUUAAAAAAUGUUCCCACAGGAAUUUUCCCAAUGCUGUGGGUUGAAGAGGGCGCAGAGAUACCAAAAUCAAUCCAAGAUGAACUCCACGCCGCCCACAAACUGCUGACAUACGUCGAAAUCGCGAAAUGGUUGAUACUCGCGAUCGCCAUAGUUGUAACGUUGAUAGCCGCUGUCGCGGUCGCUCGUGCAAUGGCGCUGGUGUCGUGGCCACGCAAUAGUAAUUCUGUUAGUUUUAUAUUGGGACCGAGUAUGAUGGAGGUAAAUAAAGGACAUUGA